AUGGAGUUUCAUGAUGCCAAAGAGACUUUUGACUCACCACGGGUUGAUUCUCUUCACUCCACUGAUGAAAAUGUUAUCAGUGAGACUUAUGACAUAACCAGCUGUGAUAAUAUUGAAAAGAAGGCCGCACGAGUUAAAGGCAGAAGAAGUAGAGCCGGGUGCUCUGACUCUUGGUCAUCCCAGGACUUUUCUUCUUUAACCAUGGAGAUUGAGGAGGGAGUAGACGAAUGCUAUCCAGAAGAAGCUCUUGUGGAAGGCAUUGAUGAAUGCUCUGAAGUAGUAGAAGGUGUUCUGGAUAGCUUAAGAAGCGUAGAAUCUGAAACAGCUUGUUCCAAGGCCAGUACUUCUUCUGACUCAGAAGAUCACCACCACCACCACAACAAUCCUCCACAUUGGUCUGGCUUCUUUGGUUUGUUGAGAAAAGGAUCUGGAAUUAAAUUCCAAGCUUUCCCUUCUCGGAAAAAUGUCCCCAAGCUCACCAAAAGAAAAACAAAAAGAAUUAGAGAGACCACCAGUCUUUUACUGAAUUCUCCUUUGGAUGCUGAACUAUGCCAUUUGAAAUCUUCCUGGAAGAACUUUUCAUUCUUGGACCUUCAAGCUGCAACCAAUGGCUUCAGCCCUGAGAAUUUGAUUGGGCAAGGAGGCUAUGCUGAAGUUUACAAAGGGGAAUUGUCAGAUGGGCAACAUGUUGCAAUAAAAAGGCUAACUAAAGGUUCCCCUGAAGAGAUGACAAUGGACUUUUUAUCCGAGCUCGGAAUUAUAGUCCAUGUUGAUCAUCCCAAUAUUGCUAAAUUGAUUGGUUAUGGGGUUGAAGGAGGAAUGCACCUUGUUCUGCAAUUAUCGCCCCAUGGGAGCCUGGCAUCGUUACUUUAUGGCUCAAAGGAAAAACUGGAUUGGGACAUCAGAUUUAAGAUUGCUGUGGGGACUGCCAGUGGCCUUACAUAUCUUCAUGAGGGGUGCCAAAGAAGAAUCAUCCAUAAAGAUAUCAAGGCUUCCAAUAUAUUGCUCACAGAGGAUUUUGAGCCUCAGAUUUCUGACUUUGGGUUGUCAAAGUGGCUACCAGAUCAGUGGACUCAUCACACUGUAUCCAAAGUUGAAGGCACAUUUGGUUACCUUCCUCCUGAGUUAUUCAUGCAUGGGAUAGUAGAUGAAAAAACAGAUGUUUAUGGCUAUGGAGUACUACUAUUAGAGCUCAUCACCGGAAAGCAAGCUGUAGACGGUUCACAGACAAGCCUCGUGAUGUGGGCCAAACCUUUGAUCCAAAAGAAUAGCAUGAAGAAGCUGGCAGAUCCUGCACUAGGCGACGCCUAUGACUUGGAUCAAUUGCAACGGUUGGCCUUGACAGCUUUUAUGUGCGUGCAUCAAUCUUCAAACCAUCGACCCCAAAUGAGCCAGGUUGUGCAACAUUUAAAGAGUGCAGAAAGCAUACUGGAACUUGUUGAAGAAAACCUCAGUUCGGAAAACCUUGUCAGGACAUACUCAGAUCAGGUUCUUGAUGCUGAUGAUAACAGCACAUCGAAGUACUUAAAUGAUCUCAAUCGACAUAUGGAGAUCGUUCUGGGGCCGUCUACUGAUAGUUAAACCCGCAUUCAUCUUCGAAAAUUUCGGCCCUCGAGUAUUUCUGGAUUCUUGGGAAACUGAGAAACCAAACCAAAGCAGUUCGGAGAUUCACAUAAAUGUUCCAGUCAAGUGAGAGAGCAGUGCAGAAUCUAUUUACUUGCUUUUCAAUUUAGUCUUCGAGUUCUGUCUGUGUAAGCAAAAUAUGCGGAGAAGAGCAGCUGAGAUUGAUCAUAAAUAUAUAAUUUUGUGAACCAAUUUUAUCAGGAAAUUUGUGUCUAUUAGGAUUAGUAGUUACUACAAACUUUCCUUUUUCAUUUUGUGUGUGGA